UUUUCUCAUUUUCCUUCGGCCGCGAGGUUUUACUUCCGGUUGCUUGCGAUCGUGUGUAAGAAAGUCGACAUGUUACCUCAGGCCGUGUAGCGUCACGGGGUUCUUGCUUUUCUAUGGCCUUUUCGGGGAAGAAUUGGAGGCUUUGCUGAAAAGCGCGGGGGACCUGACGGCUUCGAGUCUCGUCCUUGACCCACCAUUCCUCCGUCCUUUGAGCACCUUAGAGCGGCGUCGAUUCGAGAGCGACACACAGUGGCUCAGGCGCCGCCGCCGAAACCGGGACUCGGGGCUUCCCACUCUCCUAAGUCGUCCCCGCUUUUACUCGUAGUCAUCUCCUCCCCGCGCUCUUGGCAGAACGACAGAGAGAAAAGAUUGGCUGUAUUGCAGGCGAGCUGCAACGUGAAUAGGCUUGGGUUCUUUUGAGGUAGAAUUUUGGAGAGCUUUUGAAAACUUGGGGUUGAGAUCGCCUAUUGGAAAUUCAGGAGAAGGGGAAUAUACAGAAGCUACUGGAGGUUUUUAUUACAAAGAGGAAGAAAGACGUCACUUAAAAAAAUAUAAUUCGAAAAUAUAUGUUAUAUGUGUUACAUUUGGCCAGGAGGGACCGAGAGAAAGGAAGCACAUGUGUGAAAGGAGCAGACAAAAUCUAAAAGCAUGGGAAAGAAAUCGAACAAUUCUCUGAAGUCUUCAGGGGCGGCGGCAGCACAAAGUACAGUUUUUGAGACAGUGUCCUUGAGUUCAGACUCUGUCUUCCAGAGGGCAGUUUCAAUUCUUCAUACUUCUUACUUGGAUUCUACAUCUGAGCAUGGUUUUCAGUACAGUCAAGUGACUUUGGUGAAAAAUCAUAUUUUCUUAAAUGAGUACAAAACUUUUUAUCAACAAAAAAAAGCAAGUAACUAUACUCAGGAAGAACUUCAAGAAACUUACGGGUUUCUUCUGUUUGAAACUGAAAAUCAGGCAAAGUUGGUAUGUCAGCGUGGACUCUGUGUUGGAAGCAGUACAAUCACCACUCUGGGUGAUCCAGCUGAAGGUGUAUACAUUUCCAAAUACUCUGACUAUCUUCACCCAAGACCCUGGUAUCAUGGAAAAUCUGGUUAUGUUGUCAUUUUUAAUCUAAUUAAGGGAAAAGUAAAGUUUGUACCUGAAAAUUAUACAACUAACUAUACUAGGCCGUCUUCUGGCUAUGAUUGCCACGUGGCUACAAAUACUAACAAAGUUUCUCCCAGGACAAGUCAUUUUCGCGCCUUUGAACUGAGUCAGUAUUACCUCUAUGAACUUUCAGGCACCACUGUUAUUGAGCGACCCAGACAGAUCUGUCCUUAUGUAAUUGUAGCUUUUCAAUACAGGGAACCUAAAACAAUGGCAACUCAUAAAAGCAUACUUGAACUCCAUGAAAAUGUUCUCGUCUCUCCUUGGAAGGGGAAAUUAAUUAUUCAAGGCUGUCUGCUGUGUGAUAUAACUCUUUGGUCCGCUUACGGUACGGUGAUUCCAACACAGCUGCCAUUGGAACUAGAUUUUAAGUAUGUAAUGAGAGUGUCUUCUUUGAAAAAGAGACUUCCUGAAGCUGCCUUUAAAAAACAGAAUUACGUGGAGCAAAAAGUUUGUCUCCAAGAUAUGUGCUUGAAUUUGUAUAAGGUAGAACUAUCAAACAAACAAGGGGAAAAAAUAGAUAAACUAACAGAAUACAUUAAAAAUGAAGAAUUGGCAAUCAUCAAAUGCUUAGAAGAUCGAGGGGUUUUCAUUUUACUUACAUCAUCAGCCUUAAUAUCAGAUACAGGUUUGGAAGAUGAACAGAUGGGUCUACAUGGGUUGCAUGUAUUCCAUUCUUCCCUGCCAACAGGGAUGAAAGAUUUGAAAAUUGAAGAUACCAUUUCAUUGAAGGUGACACCUAUUUUACCUACCCUUCAUUGUGCCCUGCUAGCAGCAAAGAAAUCAUUUACUGAAGAAGGAAUCCGCCCAAACACAUUAGUAAAGCAGAAUUUCCAGGAGCUGUACAAAGUGGACAAGAGCCCUUCACUGGCUGCUGCUUCUCAGGAUGGAAUUAAAGAGACUGCAUUCUUUGGCAAGCUGUCCAAUGGUUUUGACUUGGUUCCUGCAGCUGAAAAGUGCCCUUUACAAUCUUUAACUCAAUUAAAGUCUUAUUUUUCAGAUCCUGGUGGUUACAUUUUGGAAGUAUCUGCUGCUUUAGAUUUAUUAGCAGAGCAUCCUCAGUCUCCUUGUGUUUCAGAUGGAAUUUGUGAUGCUGGAUUUUCUUUAGUUAUGACUCCAGAUCCUGAAUUUCUUGACUCAGAGGCAGAAGUAAGAAAAGAAACAGAAACAGAAAAGAAUUCCGAAGAAGUUUUUAAAGCAAGGAAAGGCAGUAUGGUCCCGUUACAUCCAGCAGCGAAUCUGAGAGUUCAGCCAAAGAGGAAGGCAAGCAUGCCACUCAUGAUACAAAGUAAAAGGGUGAACCUGUGUCGCCCUUUUCCCAAAAGAUCAACUGCUGGAACAAACAAUGGCUCGGACUCUGCCACAACUCUUAAAUUGGCUAAAGGGCAGUUUCCUCAGAAAAGAAAAAGAGGUGCUGAAGUGCUGACUGCACAGUUUGUACAGACAACCAAAUUGGAUAGGAAAAACCAAGAUGCUCCUAUUUCUAAAGAUGUUCCAGUGGCAACGAAUGCUAAAAGGGCAAGGAAACGAGAGAAAUCUCCAGUCAAAACUGUUCCAAAGGCUAAGCCACCUGUGAAGAAAUCUCCACAAAAACAGAGGGUAAAUAUAGUAAAAGGCAAUCAGAAUCACAGAAUCAGAAAGCAGCCACAGCCUGCCAAAGGAGAAACUGCCUCACAGCUUCAAUCAGAAAUUUUAUCAGAUGGUCAAGAAAAUAUUAUUAGCAUAAAUAGAGCUCAACCGGAAAAUACCACAGUGGCUCAGAAAGAUCUUCCUGAAAACUCCAUUGUCAACUAUGACUCCCAGGCCCUAAAUAUGUUAGCUGAUCUAGCAUUAAGCUCUGCUACCUCUUCCACACCAUCAUCUGAGCCUAGAAACCUUCCCUGUACCUCUGAAUUGCUACAGAAUGAUGUUUUGCUGUCUAAUGAAAAUUCUUUGCAAGGUACAUCUGACCAUGAAUAUCACAGAGGAAUUAAAAGUCAAAAAGGUGGACUGUUACCUAAGCCAUCCGCUGACAGGAAGACUAAUUCAACAUCAGACUUAACUGUUAGUCAAGAUGAAGAGAGCUUGGUUCCUUGUAGCCAAGCCCAGUCAGCACUUACUGAGGAAACUCUACAAACUUCAGAUGCAAGCCAAAGCUCUUGUGUUGUUGUGGAGCAUUCAUACGCCCUACUCCUUGCAGAACAUUCAAAGAAACAUCUACAGCAGAGAGGAGUCCAAGGCCCUGUCUUCGCUAAGAAUGGAACAAAAGGCCCUGAAGCAGGAACCCCAGUGGGAAAAGUAAUGCCGUUUCGGCAUCAGCAGAACACCUCCCCCCUGCAAAAGGUCUUUGAUCCCUUGGCAAAGCGGAAGAAUAGAUUGAUGUCUUCUAGCCUAAAAGACUUCUGUUGCUCUCAUACCGUGUUUAGCUGUGAUGGCUCCUUUAAGGUCACUUUCAAAUGUGAAACAGAAUAUGUAUUCAGCUUAGAUAGCAAAUAUACUAACAACCCACUAGAGAAAACUGUAAUAAGAGCUUUACAUGGGCCCUGGAAUACUGAUUUGCCUGAUAAUGUGGAGGAAGUGAAGCUUUUACUUCAUAUGUGGGUAGCCCUGUUUUACAGCAAUCAGAACAAAGUUAUACGAUCAUCCCGAAAAGUGGUAGAACACAGCAACCCAGCGAAAUAUGUAUCUAUAAAUAGCACAAUAGAAUCUUUUGAAUUUGGUGAAAUGGAGGAGUCCUUCAAUGUGGAAAGAUGUUCUGCAGACCCUCUGCUGGAGAAUAAGGAAGCCUCCAGGAGUCAAGCUACCGAAAUGUCCUUCCCUGACACAAAUGCAGUGUUUCCUUUAAUUAAACCACCACCUGCAGGAGGCUUGGAUCUCUAUGUACAGAAUGAGCAAAAAGAUGUUUUUGCAAGAGAAAAUCAUCAUAAUAACUCAGGAAGCCAGAAUUUCAUCUCUUCCUGCAGUAAUGAGGUCAUUGGAAAAAAGGCUGAAGAAGAAGAGUCAGAUAAACGAGAAACUUCUGAUGUUGUGCUCUCUAGCAAUGGAGGUGCCCAAACUAACGGGCCUUCUAUCCCUGAAGAAGAUAAAACCUUUCAGCCACUGGAGAGCACAAGAAUGACUUCUCAUGAUGAUACUGUUACACAAAGCACAUUCACCAAGACUUAUGAUGGGAUCAACAAUCAGUCAGUGACUUGUCAGAAGUCUGCGUAUAGCACUCUUGAAAGCGAAGUUGACGUUCUUCCUGCAGCAAUGCAAGCAAAAACGGGGGUUAUACAGGGCUUUACCCAGCAUAACAGCCCCAUAAACAAAGAAUGUCAGCCUUCAUCAGAAGGGAAAGAUGAUGACGUGGGGUAUGUAAUGAUUAAUCUUGAACCAGUUACUUUCACUCUAGAAAAAAACGCCUAUGUACCGAUACAGACAGAAGUCGUAAAUAUAGCUGAUAAAUCUACAACCUUUAAUACGGAGUUGAUUAAACAAGUAUCACCCGUGUCUACAUUUGAAAAGGCACAGACACAAGGUCUUAGGGACAUUCCGUCUCUAGCAAUGUCAGAACAAAAAGGCAGUAAGUAUCUUUGUGCCUCCUCAGUAAGCAGAGAAACACUUGCUAAAGAAAUGUGUUCGUUACAGAAAGAGAGUCCUCUUCCGGCGUCAUCGUCGUCUUCUGAUAAUUCAGUGGUAAAGGAGGCACCGUCGUUAGUUAACAAUUCUAGUUACCCGUUACCCAGUAAAGAAGUGGGACUCUGUGAAGACACUUCCAUGCAAACUCAAAGUCUCCCCAGCAUAUCUUCGGCGGAUACUGUAGAGCCAACACAGUUUGAAGAAGUAGUCUCAUCAUCAGCCUCUACCAUCUUGGGAAGAAAUUACCCACUUAACUGCAUUUCAUCAAGAAGUAACAUAUCAGAUGGCUCUGUAGAACUAAGGAAGAAUGACAAGGGUUUUCUAAGUAGUGAAAAUAUACAUUUUGAAUCCUUUAAUUCAUCAUUUACCAAGCAAACAAGCCUGUCUAUGAAUAGAGAGGAGGUCAGCCUAGAAUUAUCAGAGGAAGAUUCUGACAUUGACCUAACACUAACAAUAUCGCCACCUACAAGUCCCAGGGAACAAAUUCCAGCCGAUGAAAUAGAGCAACUUCAAGAGGUGCCAUUAUCAAGUUUAGAACUUCGGAAUAUAACUGAAGAAAUAAUUGAUCCAGGAGAGGUGAUGCUCCCGGAAAACAGAGAAGUGAAUUCUGCUGUUUAUACAUCACUGUCAGAGGAGCCGUUAGAAGAUAAGGAGAGAAGAGGUGAUUUUCAACCAGUUCCUUCAGUACUUUCUAAGGACAGUUCCACCUUUGAGACUUCAGAGGCAGUUGAUGUUACUUCAGACUUUCCCUUUGGUUCUUUAAUUGAGGAAGUGUCACCAGCCUCUAGUCCAGAACCCCUAGUACCAGCUGAGGAAGCACGACCAUCUCAGGCUGUCUCUCCUCAUAGUUUAAAACUUCCUGAUACGCAAUGUGAGAACAGUAUCCAGACCUCCCAGGUUGAGUCCGUAGAUUUAGCCAUAACAGAAAAAGAAAAUCCUUUUGUUGGUCCUACCCGCCCAGCGGGACAAGAUAACUUAACUCAGGUGCAAGUACAGCAUUAUGCUGAAAUGCCUCCAAUAUUGAGUAGUCAUUCAGGAGGAAAAGAUAAACAUUUAACCUUUCCUGGUAAAGUAACUGAGGAAAUUUUCCAAAGUGAGCAUGACAAGGUUUUAUCAUUCACAGAAGAGGUGCAGUGCUGUGAUGCAGAAUUAAACCAGCCUGCCUCAGCUGCCAAAUAUGGAGAUGAUUCCAAGCCUUCUCUUGAAAAACUGGUGAAACCAGGAAGUCCAUUACAGUCGAUUAGUAUAGAGAACAGAAAUUUGGACAUAGAACAUUUCACCUCAGAGACCAGUGACCCUCCACUGAGUCCUAGAAAGAUUAUUGAACAUAAGUCUUUGGCUGACACAUUUCUUUCUACAACUGCCUCAAGUGGCAUAGUCAGUGUGUCCUUGAAACAGCCGACUAGCCCUAAAAAUAUUGAGAAAAAUCUUUUUAGCAGUGAUUGGAAAACAAAUGAAGAUAAUUAUUUGAAGAUCAAGUCCUUGAAUUCUGACUCAGUUGAUGGAGCUAUUAUUACACAGACAUACGAGCACUCAGAGAUCCCAAAACUUGGUUCUUCCUCAGAUAGUGCUACAAGACCAAUAAAUGUAGAGAUGGGGUUUCAAACACAGGAAAUAUCAGUAGUCAACAUGGCCAAUUUGCUUAAAAAUAGUGAAACUAAAGCUGAGUUACAUAAAGAAACUGUAGAUCUAGGAGGUAUUGGCCUUCAAUCUAACACAUCUCAAAAAGGUGAACAGAUAUUCCACGUGCAACAAGAUAAGUCAAUAUCUGAAACAAAAGAUCUUUUGAAUGAGGGAUUUUUUCCCAUAUGUGCUGAUUCUAACCAAAAUACAGCAGACACCAGUGAAAACAAAGAGCCUUUUGCUUCCUUUGUUCCAAAAUCUUUUGACUCCGUUGUUUGUGGAGACUCUAAAGAACAUACAGAAGAUAAGAGCACUAGUGAAAGGCUUGGGGCUGAGGAUGGUUCUGAAACCCUGGAUAGAGACAUGGAUGUCAGUGUGAAUUCCGACAUCCAGUAUGAACCACUUUCUGGAGACUCUGAUCUAGACCCUUUUGGUGAUUGUAGAAAUCCCAAAGUAGACAUGGAGGAUUCUUGCACUUUGAGAUGUAGUCACACCAGAAAAAGAGAAGAUGCUGCUAAAGAUGAUUAUAACUCUUUCGUGAGUGUAAACAAUAGUGAUAAUGAAGACUGGGGCAACUCUAACAAAGUACCACGGUUGGAGACAAACCUCCCUUCCAGAAACUGGUCCAGUGGAUUAGAGGAAGAAGAUAAGUGCGUGCCCUGUUAUAUCCAAAUCAGAGACCUCCAUGGUAUCCCCAGGACCUAUGCCAACUUUACUAUAACUAAAGUGUUCAAAGAUACCACGAGAACUUUGCAUCGCUUGAGAAGGCACCCCAAUUUCACUGCAAAAUGUGGCCCGGUCAGCUCCUGGACAAGUAUGUGGCAGAUGGCAGAUGACCUCACCCAGAACACUUUAGACCUGGAAUAUCUGCGCUUCGCACAUAAAUUAAAACAGCUUGUGAAAAAUGGCGGAUCUCAGCAUUCUACCUCUCCUACCAAUGCCUUUCCAAAGGAGUCACCUAUCCAGGUAGCUGUCGGAGCUUUCCCUUUAACAAAAAUACCUGAAUCUCCUGGUCUGCACCCUACAUCCAGGAGCAGAAGCCCCCUUCUGGUAACAGUUGUGCACUCAGACCCUAGACAACAGAGUCAGCACAUGAGAAGCCACAUGCCUAUCGAUUUGGACAGUUCUUCCUUUUGGAAGGAGAGAUCUAGUCACAGUAGAUACCAUCUUCCAAGUUCUGAAGGAAAUCAGACUGUUUCGUUCCACCUCAACAAACUGAAAUAUAACAGUAUUUUGAAAGAAUCUCGGAAUGAUAUCUCUGUUAUUCUCAAUGAAUAUGCUGAAUUCAACAAGGUGAUGAAUAACAACCAAAUAGUUUUCCAAGAUAAAGAGCUGAAUGUUGUUUCUGGAGAGGCCACAUCUCAAGAGAUGUUUUCAUCUUUCCCGAGAAGGCCAGCCUCCUAUGAAGACAUGAUUACAGACUUAUGUACCAAUUUACAUGUCAAACUGAAAAGUGUCAUGAAAGAGGCUUGUAAAAGUACCUUCCUGUUCUACCUUGUGGAAACAGAAGACAAGUCAUUCUUUUUAAGAACAAAGAAUAUUCUGAGGAAAGGAGGCCAUAUAGAAAUUGAACCUCAGCGUUUCUGUCAGGCUUUUCACAGGGAGAAUGAUACCCUCAUAGUCAUCAUCAGAAACGAGGACAUAUCAUCCCAUCUGCAUCAAAUUCCUUCUUUGCUGAAGCUGAAGCAUUUCCCCAAUGUGAUCUUUGCUGGAGUAGACAGUCCUGAAGAUGUCCUUGACUACACCUACCAAGAGCUGUUUCGUGCAGGAGGCUUUGUGGUGUCAGAUGACAAAGUAUUAGAAACUUUAACAUUAGUUCAACUGAAGGAAAUUGUCAAAACCCUGGAAAAACUAAAUGGAAAUGGAAGAUGGAAGUGGUUGCUUCACUAUAGAGAAAAUAAAAAGCUAAAAGAAGACGUAAGCAGGGCUUUCAAUAAAGGAAGCUGUGUACUUAACUGGAAACCCUGGUGGUGUAGUGGAGUGGAUUCAGUUGCACAUAAAAAGAACUUAAUAAUGAAAUCAUGUCAGAGUGCAAAUAUCAUUGAGUUGCUUCAUUACCACCAGUGUGACUCUCAAUCAUCAACAAAAGCAGAAAAUUUGAAAUGUUUGUUAAACCUGCAAAUUCAGCAUAUCGAUGCCAGGUUUGCUGUUUUCCUAACAGAUAAGCCUACUGUCUCCAGAGAGGUCUUUGAAAAUAGUGGAAUCCUUGUUACAGAUGUAAAUAACUUUAUUGAAAAUAUACAAAAAGUAGCAGCUCCUUUUAGGAGUAGCUAUUGGUGAUUCAACUGCAGCUUGCAUAAACGUGGGCAGUGACAACGAAUUAAUAUUUUCCCUCUUCUUUGGAAAACUUUGAAAUACACAUGAACUGUCUUCUCAUGUUUGAAAAAACCCAGUGUUUUACACCGUAUGGGAAGUUGUCCUUUCAUUUUUUAUAUUUUGCUAAAAUGUUUGACUUCACAGUGGUACAGUAGUUGUCCGUUAGCUUUGGGUUUCAGUGUUAAAUAGUAUUGUCUUAAAUUUUCAUUUUAAACAGAAUGCCUUCAAAACCAUGAAUUGAGCUUAAUAUUAAAAAUAAGAAAUUAGCUAACAUGUUUACUGAUUCAAAGCAGAAAUAUGUUUUUGCAUGUUAAUGUUAGUAAGGCAUAUGUAAUGCAUGUUAAUGGUAUGUUUGAAAGGUUUUACCACCCUCGUAAACACUCUAAUCUUAAAUGAAUUCAUUUGCUGUUAUUAAAGCAACAACACUACAUAAAGCUAAACAUUUUUUUCCAAAUGGUGGAUGUAUAAAUUGUCAUUUUUCACUUACUCGGUUUUUGUAAAUAGUGCACUACACAGUCAACCCUGAGGAAGAAAUCAUCAUAUAUUUAUGAUAUUAGAAAUAAUUUCUACAGUAAUCUUUAAAACUCAAAACCAAGCCAAAAACUUUUUUGUAAGAUACACAGUAUCUAUUUGGAACAAAGGUUUUUGUACCUAAUUUGUUUCCUUUUUUAAUAAAGACAACUAAAAAUCA